AUGCAUGUCUUUCUUAAUCAGCGAGAAGGUGCCGUUCAGAUCAAGGGCGAUCUGAUAACAUUCAAACCAACCCAUUCAACUGAAAAUAACCUAGUGCGCUUCGCUGCCAGUGAAGUCACACAGCUUCUUUGUUCACGUAAGGAUGAAAAGGCUGCUAAAUUGGUCGCCGCGGAUCGAACAUACUUGAUUCGAUUCGACAACGGUGCAAUGCGAAGGGAGUUUGUUGAUGGUGUGGUGAAGGCGCAGGCUUCUAAAAAUCAUGUUGAAGAGGUACAUCACGACUGGAUCACCUCUACCCUUUGCGAAGUAGCGGUUGAAGUGGGCAUACUGAAUGAGGCUGAGUUGCAGGAAAUCCUGCGCGAAGAAUCACAUCGAGGUGUGGUGCAAACAUUCGAUGCGCUUGAAAGUUUAGUGGACCGCAACACCUUUCGCCUGAAACCCAUCACUGAGCAGAUGCAGAACGAUGUGUUUAGGCAGAUUCCGGUUCUAGCCGCCAUCUUUGAGAAGCAUGUUGUGGACGGGGAAACACGGAAAGGCUUUUGGGAGGAUGUCGUUCGAAAGUACUUUUGCUUCUCACGCACCUUUUUAGAUGAACAAGUUGAAAAAGUAAUGCAAGAAGCUGAGGGAACGACAAUUGGAGAAAACACUUCACCACCUACCACAAGCGCAUCCAUCAUCAAUGCUUCAUCAGAGCGUGCUCUACCAAAGCAAGUAAUUGUAUCUCAGCAAAAGGUAGAUUCAGAAGGGGACGAAAUUGAGGAAAUUAUUAAACAAACGCAAGCUGAAUCACUACAUGUUGGCCCUACAUGUAUGCAUGCCUUCAGCGCAAGACGACCGCUCCCAAAGUUAUCUUUUCCAUCAACUAGCGUUGCCACGAACAUGCCGUCUUUGACGAUGAUAUCCAAUGCUUCUGAAAGGCCCCAGGUGUACGCUGGUCAUGGCGUCCGAACGACGCUCCCCUCCGAGCCAACGCGCAAGGAGGCUCUGGAAACACUCCGAAAAAUUUGGAGGAGUGCACCAAAGCAACGAAAGGCUCUUCUGGAUAACUAUAAGAAUUCGAAAAAAAGCCAAACUGUAAGUUUUAUAGAAACUGAAUGCUUCAAACAAGUAGAAAACCUUAUUCAAUCGGGCAAUUAA